AUGAAGGACAAUUGUAGAAUAUCAAGGAAAGCAGUGCUAUUGCUGGCCUGGCCAUUUAUGCUCUUUGUUCCACCUGUGCUUGCUCAGAACCCUGGUGUCAUUCAUAUCGAUCCAGAAAAAGGAGGUGAUUACUGCUUUGUCUUCCAUUCGCAGCUGGUGAAAUCACAUCAGGAAGGUAAUAAAAAUCACUGGUUUGACCUUCAGCCUUUCAGUCAGAACCUCACUUACUCGGCCUUGUGUUGCCUACCUUCAUUAUUUGGGAAAGAUGACAACGAUGGAGGCGGAUUCAGUACCAGAAUUGCAUCUAUAAGAGAGGGAAACUGCAAUCUUUUUGAGAAUGCCAGACUCCAUCAGAUAAACAGAACCCAGGGGCUCCUGACUCUUGGUGGAGAUGCUCCAUAUCCAAUGAAAUGGCGGCGAUCUGCAUUCAACUGGGGUCACUGUGAAGAGAUUACUAUUCCGGGGGUUCUCCUUAGCAACAUAGAUGUUCUCUACUUGUUAUUCAAGAACCUGUUCAGUGACUUGCUAUAUAAAACUGGGAUCAUCUACUUGAUGUCAAUGGUCACUGUUAUUGUAGGAAGCUACUGGGCUGGAUGCUCAGAGAAAAAAAAGCAACAUAUCAAAAGUCAGUGCCAAACAGAAAAUUCUGGUGAGAUAACAAUUGAUACCAAUAUCUACUUGACAUGUACAUGUGCAUUAAUGGCCAAUUUCAUGCUGCUUUCUCUCUACUGCUUAUAUGACUAUAUGGUGUGUGCAAUGACUGGCAUUUACUGUCUAUAUGCAUCUUUCAGCCUAUACUGUUGUUUGUCUCCAUUUGUGAGCAAAUUCCCAUUUGGAAGGUCUAUGAUCCAUCUUCCAUAUUUCCACAAGGCACUAGAGAUCAGAGCAUUACUCCUGGCAAUACUAUGCAUAUCUAUCACUGCAGUCUGUAUUUUCUUCGGAAAUGAGGAAGCAUGGGGCUGGAUUUUGCAAAAUGUUUUAGGAAUGUGUAUUGGCAUCUAUCUUCUGAGGACAAUUCAUAUUCCAAACCUAAAGAACUGUAGCCUGUUUCUUACAGCUCAUUUGUUUUAUGAUGCCGUCUGUCUUUUCAUCACACCUUUCCUAACCAAAACUGGAAGAAGUGUCACAGAUGUGACAGCUUUGGGUUCAUAUGACUCAGAAAAGAUCCCCUUUCUGUUAAAAGUGCCAAUAUUAUCUCCAGCUUCAAUUAUGGACAAUUCCUUUACUGUUGCAGGCCUCGGAGAUGUCGUACUUCCUGGCUUCCUAGUAGCCUACUGUCACCGAUUUGACGUUCAAGUUGACUCUUCAGGGGUCUAUUUUCUAGCAUCUACUCUGGCUUAUAGCUACGGUCUUUUAGUGAAUUUCAUUGCAACAACACUCUUACAGACAAAUCAGUCAACUCUCCUAUACUUAGUGCCCUGUAUACUCAUCACUAUUCUGACUGUUGCUGCUUCUCGCAAAGAAGUUGUGAUUUUUUGGGCAGGUAUGGGGGCUGAAGAGGAUAUGCCCCACCCUUCUUUGGAAUUAAAAGAGUCUAAGGAACAACUCUGUCAACAAGAAUGGGGAAAAGAAAUUCUCAACAUCACAUUCCUAAAGGAAAAGCACAGUAGCAACAUAUUCGCAGAGGAGUUAUCUGACCCGAAGACUUGCAAUGAGGAUGUCAUUAAUAACAUUCCCAGCCAUGAAAAACUAGCAAGUCAGCACGAAAUCUACGAUAAUGAUGAAGUGUGA